CUAACGGCACGAGCAAACAGCCCAAUCAACAGGCCAAAGAUGGUCGAUUAAGAAGAUAGUUCUCUCUGUCGGGGAACAAAAGCAGACACCUUACACCUGUAAAGUGGAAUAAGAGGCAGAGUUGGAGCUCCUCUCUGCUCCUCGGUCCCUCUGCUCAGCGAUGCUGAUGAGAGAGGAUUUGAGUCGCUACUCCAGCACGCCCCGCCCCCAGUAAGAGAGCACGGAUGACAGAGAUGCAAGGCAUGCUCCUGAGCCGUCUGCAACCUAUCCAGACACCGCCGACCGGACCACUUUGGAAUAUACACUCCCCAUUUACAACUCUCCAUCUGCUCUCCAGCGCUCAACUGCACCUGAGUUUCUUUUGAGAGCAUCUGAAACAAGAAACUCUCCUAAACGGGCGCUUUUUUCGUUCAUGCAUGCCAUUUUUUGAAUUAACUCGGCUUUAGUCUCUCCCAAAACUCGUAGUUGUCCAUUCUUCCAAAUGCUUCGCCUGCCAGUGUCGCUUUGCAUGCUGCUAUAGACGGUGCGUUCAGUCCGCGUCCAGGUGCUUCACGGGAAAAGGUUGCACAGGGAAUAUUUUAUUUUUAAUAAUUUAUUUUUUGGGGAGCGCGUCCACUAUUUUUCCUGCACAAUGGCUGAUGCAAACGCAGAAUGCAAUAUUAAGGUGUUGUGCCGAUUUCGUCCCCUGAACAAGUCCGAAAUUAUCCGCGGAGAUAAGUUCAUCCCAAUAUUUCAAGGAGAAGACACUGUCAUCCUCGGGGGGAAGCCCUACGUGUUUGACCAGGUGUUCCCCACAAACGCCACACAGAUACAGGUCUACAACACCUGUGCCAAGCAGAUUGUCAAAGACGUACUGGGUGGAUACAAUGGGACUAUCUUUGCCUAUGGGCAGACUUCCUCUGGAAAGACACACACUAUGGAGGGGAACCUACAUGAUCCCCAGGGAAUGGGAAUCAUCCCCCGCAUCGCAGAGGACAUUUUCGAACAUAUAUUUGCUAUGGAUGAGAACCUAGAAUUUCACAUAAAGGUCUCCUACUUUGAGAUCUACAUGGAUAAAAUUCGGGACCUGCUUGAUGUGACAAAAACCAAUCUGUCAGUGCAUGAAGACAAAUACAGAGUUCCUUAUGUGAAGGGCUGCACGGAGCGCUUUGUCACGAGCCCAGAGGAAGUAAUGGAUGUGAUAGAUGAAGGAAAGGCCAACCGUCACGUUGCCGUCACCAAUAUGAAUGAACACAGUUCUCGCAGUCACAGCAUCUUUCUGAUAAACAUCAAACAAGAAAACGUGGAGACAGAACAGAAGCUGUGUGGGAAGCUGUACCUGGUCGACCUCGCUGGGAGUGAGAAGGUCAGUAAGACAGGUGCAGAGGGAGCGGUGCUGGAUGAGGCCAAGAACAUCAACAAGUCUCUGUCGGCUCUGGGGAACGUCAUCUCAGCUCUGGCUGAGGGAACGAAAUCCCACGUGCCGUAUCGUGACAGCAAAAUGACUCGCAUCUUACAGGACUCGCUGGGUGGGAACUGUCGUACCACAAUGUUCAUCUGUUGCUCUCCCUCCAGCUACAACGAUGUAGAGACCAAGUCCACUUUGAUGUUUGGCCAACGAGCCAAGACCAUCAGAAAUACUGUAUCAGUGAACCUGGAGCUCACAGCAGAGCAGUGGAAGAAGAAGUACGAAAAGGAAAAGGAGAAGAACAGGUCAUUGAAGGAGACUGUUCAAAGACUGGAGGCUGAGCUGAACCGUUGGAGGAACGGUGAAGAUGUUGUUGUGUUAGAGGAUCUAUGCCCAGAAUCUGAGGACGUCCCCCUAGUGCCUACCGAAUCCGAGGAGCCGCUCCUCGACAUCUGCAGCCCCUGCAGCCCUUGCUCAGUUGCGUCCUCCAUUGUGGUUCACAUCUCUGAGGAGGAGCGGCAGAAGUAUGAGGAGGAGAUCCGCAAGCUCUACAAACAGCUAGAUGAUAAGGAUGAUGAGAUCAACCACCAGAGCCAGAUGGUGGAGAAACUGAAGGAGCAGAUGCUCGACCAGGAGGAGCUUCUGGCAUCAUCUAGGGGUGACAGCGAGAAGGUUCAGUCAGAGCUCGGCAGGCUGCAAACGGAGAAUGAAUCCGCUAAGGCUGAGGUGAAGGAGGUCCUCCAGGCCCUGGAGGAGCUGGCAGUCAACUAUGAUCAGAAGAGCCUGGAGGUCGAGGAGAAAAGCGUGCAGAACAAGCUUCUGGCUGAAGAGCUUGCAAAGAAAAUGGCUCAUCUAAUGGCUUUAGAGGCGGAGCUGUCCCGUAUCCAGGAAGUGAGCAGCCACCAAAGGAAACGUAUCGCUGAGAUUCUCAAUGGUCUGAUGAGGGACCUGAGUGAGUUCAGCACUAUCGUUGGAAACAGGGACAUCAAGCUGCCCAUGGAGAUCACCGGUGCGAUCGAGGAAGAGUUCACGGUGGCCCGCCUCUACAUCAGUAAGAUAAAGUCAGAGGUGAAGUCCAUGGUGAAGCGCUGCCGGCACCUGGAGAACCUCCAGACAGAGUGUCACCGCAAGAUGGAGGAGACGGGCAGAGAGCUGUCCUCGUGUCACCUCCUCAUUUCACAGCACGAGGCGAAGAUCCGCUCUCUAACGGAGUACAUGCAGAAUGUGGAGCUGAAGAAGAGGAAGCUGGAGGACAGCUACGACUCUCUGAGCGAGGAGCUGGCAAAACUCCAAGCUCAAGAGAGCAUGUCACAAGUGACCAAUGGGGAGAAUCACUCUGUUCAGGAUUCAUGUGAUAUACAGAGGGCUCUGGAACAGCAGAUGGAGUCGCACCGUGAGUCGCACAGCAAACAGCUUGGCCGCCUGCGAGACGAGAUCAAUGAGAAGCAGAGGAUCAUCGAUGACUUAACUGAUUGCAACCAGAAGCAGCAGCUGGAGUUGGAGCAACUCCACUGUGACUUUGAACGUCUCAGGAGCCAAGAGCAUCACAAGAGUCGACAGCUGGAGGAACUGACAUUUCUCCACGAGCGACAUGAGCAGUCAAAGAGGGACCUCAAAGGGCUGGAGGAGACCGUUGCUCGUGAGCUCUACACCCUGCACAACCUCCGCAAGCUUUUUGUUCAAGACCUCACGACUCGAGUUAGAAAAAGUGCACAGAUGGAGCCCGAUGAUAGUGGGGGAUAUAUCACCCAGAAACAGAAGAUUUCCUUUCUUGAAAACAACCUGGACCAGCUUACAAAAGUUCACAAACAGCUGGUGCGUGACAAUGCAGAUCUUCGCUGUGAGCUUCCAAAACUGGAGAAACGUCUUCGAUCUACAGCUGAGCGAGUCAAGGCGCUGGAGGGUGCGCUGAAGGAGGCAAAGGAGGGAGCCAUGAAGGACCGCCACCGCUACCAGCAGGAGGUGGAGCGUAUCAAAGAUGUGAUGCGAGCUCGCAAUCCCUUCCGCCGGCCCCAUGCUGCACAGAUAGCCAAGCCUGUGCGUGCUGGCCACUAUCCAGUGUGCUCUCCCACCAACCCGUUCUUCAUCAGAGGAUACAGCGAUCACCCCAUUGCCUUCUACAAAGCUGAUUUCCACAACAACAGCAACAACCAAAAGCAAGCAGCUGCUCCUGCAGAUCCCACAACACCCGAGAGUGAGCCCACGUUACCCGAGGACGACUCCAACCAGAACAGCCCCAUCAAAUGCCUCGCCGCCCAGAACAAUGACACACACGAUAACGACGCUCAGGACAACAUGCUCCCAGCCGAACCACCGAGCCAAACAGACAAGAGCACCGCAGAGAUGCUUGACUCAGAAAACGAACUGACGUCUGGGACAAUCAGGACCCAACCAAACUGUACAACCUGCAGCCAGAGGCCUCAGCCAGCUAAUAGUCCUGAGCAGGCAGAUGAUUUUUCUGAGGCCUCCUCUGUAAAUCUGCAUGCAGCUGAUCACUGUCCUCCCAGCCUCCCCUUCCUCUCUCAUCCUCACCUGCUGUGAACAGACCGCUAUCUCUCCCGUGUCCCCUUUCUUUCCCUUGCUUGCGCCUCUUUAAUCCCUUUUCCUUCCUGUGUACAAUGAUGUGGGGUGUAUGUGGGUAUCUGUAAGAUCCAUGGCAAGCACUGCAUCUCUCAUGCCCGACUUGGCAGCUUUCAUCCAUAUUGCUACACCCCCCUCCCCCAUGAAAAACAAAGGGACCACAAAUAGAAAGGUGGAGAAGAAAAGGUGCAGUGGUGAAGUUAACCACUAGGGUGUACUGUUUUUUCUCACUGAGGACACAACAGUGGACAUAAA